GCUUGAAACAACAAUACUUCCUGCAACCACCAUCAUCAACAAAUCUACCUCACCCCAAAUUUUCUUCCACAGCCAUUUUCCAUCUAAAUACUAUAACCAACAUGAUAAAGGGUAGCUACGAGAAUCAUCUUUUGCUAAAAAUGGAGUAUUUUUUACUUAUGAUGAUGAACUUUAAAGAAGCCCACUUGUGGGUGUGAUUUAAUGCUUCUUGCAGAAAAUCUCUUCCUGUUCUUGGGUAGUGUCUUUAUUGAUGGAGCAAGAAGACAAAGAAAAAACUCAACUUUCUUUCUCGUGUAGGUGUUAAAGGAAAGCAAUACGAGAAGUUGGGUAUUCCUUUACCGGUUUUGAGUUCAUGAGAUUAUUAUUUUUUAUAGCUGCUUCUUGUCAAAGUUGGGGACUUUUUGAUCUCGGUUUUGCUGAGUUUGGUUGGGCAGUGUUAAUAUAAAUCUUCUCCUAUAUUCCUUAUUCAUAUGGUUUCUCCUUCAUUGCCAAUGCUGCAUAUAUGCAUGGGAGUUACCUUCAUAUUCUUUUUUUUUUUUUUUUCUUAACUUUAUCGACCACUUGUACAAAUGGAGCUUUUAUAGUGGUGCUUUACUGUAGUUGUUGAUUUUUUUGGUAUUUUCCUGUUGGUUUAAUCGAUAUCAGAAUUUCUCAUCUUCAUUUUAAAAGCCUGAUUAAUAAGCAAGUUGCAAUCAAGAGGUCCUGGCCUAGCUUUAGUUUUUGACGGGUAACUAUCAAAUCAUAAAGUUGGAGGUAUAUACUUUGAUUUUUGUAUUUUAAGGUUGAGCUUGUGCAAUGGAAAUUUCCAGCCAUUUGUUUAUAAAUUUUCUUACCUGGGUCUUGAAGAUUAGCACAUUUGGGAACGCUGGAGUUCUUGUUCAACUUGUGGUUCUAUCAGAUUUUUGGUGGUUGGUUUCAGGCCUAGGCUCCAUGUCUUCCAUUGCCAUUUCUUAUGGAGAGAAUGGCUCUGUCUUUUGUGGCUUAAAAUCAGAUGGAUCUCAUCUUGUGACUUGUUAUGGUUCAAACUCUGCUAUAAUAUAUGGCACUCCAGCUCAUUUCCCUUUCAUUGGUUUGACUGCUGGUGAUGGCUUUGUUUGUGGACUUCUAAUGGGAUCUAACCAGCCAUAUUGUUGGGGAAGUAGCGGUUAUAUUCCAAUGGGUGUUCCUCAGCCUAUGGUCAAGGAAGCUGAGUAUAUAGAAAUCAGUGCUGGUGAUUACCAUUUAUGCGGUUUGAGAAAGCCAUUAACAGGCAGGCACAGAAACUAUUCUCUUGUUGAUUGUUGGGGUUAUAACAUGACCAAGAACAAUGUGUUUGAUGGACAGAUUCAAUCAAUCUCGGCUGGUUCUGAGUUUAACUGUGGGUUGUUGUCUCAGAAUAGGAGUGUUUUUUGUUGGGGUGAUGAGACUAGUAGCCAUGUGAUCAGCUUAAUUCCUGAAGAUAUGACUUUUCAAAGGAUUACAGCUGGUGGAUAUCAUGUUUGUGGGAUUUUAGAGCUUAAUUCUAGAGCCUUUUGUUGGGGAAAAAGCUUGAACCUUGAGGAAGAGAUCUCUGUGGCAUAUUCAAAUCAAGGAAAUGUGGAUUUGCCUCCAAGUGAUCCAAUGCUUUCUGUUGUGGGAGGAAAGUUCCAUGCUUGUGGAAUCAAGAGCUAUGACCAUGGGGUGAUUUGUUGGGGCUCUAUUGUAAAACCAAGCACCCCAGCUCCUAAUGGCAUUAAGGUGUAUGAAAUUGCUGCUGGAAAUUACUUCACUUGUGGAAUUCUUGCUGAGAAAUCUCUUCUACCUUUUUGUUGGGGUCUUGGGUUCCCUAGCUCUCUGCCUUUGGCAGUCUCACCAGGACUUUGCAAAACUACUCCUUGCACACCUGGUUCCUAUGAAUUUAACGAUGAUAAUGCACCCUGCAAGUCUCCCAAUUCUCAUGUCUGCUUCCCCUGCAGUAAUGGUUGCCCUGCUGAGAUGUACCAGAAAACUGAAUGUACUUUGAAAUCAAAUCGUCAGUGUGAUUAUAACUGUUCAAGUUGUUAUUCGACAGAAUGCUUCUCAAAUUGUUCUGCCUUGUAUUCUGAUGCUGCUAUUGGAAAGAAGGAUGAAAGGUUUUGGUCACUGCAGUUGCCAGUCAUUAUUGUAGAGAUUGGCUUUGCUGUGUUCUUGGUGAUUGUUGUAUCUGCAACUGCUACUUUGUACGUUCGCUACAGAUUGAGGAACUGCCAGUGUUCAGAAAAGGAAGCAAAGUCCAAAAAAAACAAAGAACGUGGUGCUUCAUUUCCCAAAGACAAUGGAAAGAUCCGCCAAGACUCGGAUGAGCGUAAGAUAAGGAGGGCCCACGUGUUCUCUUAUGAGGAACUUGAGAGGGCCACCAAUGGAUUCAAAGAAGAAUCCUUGGUGGGAAAAGGAAGUUUUUCAUGUGUUUAUAAAGGGAUAUUGAAGAAUAGAACAGUAGUUGCUGUUAAAAAGGCUAUAGGAUCAUCUGAUAAGAAGAACUCGAAAGAAUUCCAGACUGAGCUUGAUGUAUUAUCAAGAUUAAACCAUGCCCAUUUGCUGAAUCUGCUUGGUUAUUGUGAAGAAGGUGGAGAAAGGCUUCUGGUUUAUGAGUUCAUGGCUCAUGGUUCCUUGCACCAACAUCUUCAUGGGAAGAACAAGGCAUUAAAAGAGCAGCUGGAUUGGAUUCGAAGGGUCACCAUUGCAGUCCAAGCAGCUAGGGGAAUUGAAUACCUGCAUGGUUAUGCUUGCCCACCUGUAAUUCAUCGAGACAUAAAAUCUUCUAACAUUCUCAUUGAUGAAGAACACAAUGCCCGUGUGGCUGAUUUCGGUCUCUCUUUGUUAGGACCAGCUGAUAGUAACUCACCAUUAGCUGAACUACCUGCAGGCACACUUGGCUAUCUUGAUCCUGAGUACUAUAGACUUCACUACCUAACUACAAAAUCUGAUGUUUAUAGCUUUGGUGUAUUGCUUUUAGAAAUCCUUAGUGGCCGGAAAGCUAUAGACAUGCAAUACGAACAAGGGAAUAUAGUAGAAUGGGCAGUUCCUCUAAUCAAAUCAGGAGAUAUAUCCACAAUUUUAGAUCCAGUUUUGAAGCCUCCAUCAGAUCUUGAAGCAUUGAAAAGGAUUGCAAAUGUAGCUUGCAAGUGUGUCAGAAUGAAAGGCAAGGAAAGGCCAUCAAUGGAUAAAGUAACAACAGCGUUGGAGCGUGCCCUUGCUCAGCUGAUGGGCAGUCCAUGUAAUGAGCAACUAAUAUUGCCAAGUGAAGUGGUUCUUGGAAGCAAUAGGUUGCACAAGAAAUCUUCUCAAAGAUUUUCAAAUAGAUCAGCAUCAGAGACUGAUGUAGUAGUAGAUGCUGAAGAUCAAAGAUUCGAAUUUCGAGCUCCAUCAUGGAUAACAUUUCCAAGUGUUACUUCUUCCCAGAGGAGAAAAUCCUCAGUCUCAGAAGCAGAUGUUGAUGGGAAAAACUCAGAAGCAAGAAAUUUGGGAUACACUGGAAAUGUUGGGGAUGGGUUACGGUGUUUGGAGGAAGAGAUUGGACCUGCUUCUCCUCAAGAAAGAUUGUUCUUGCAGCAUAAUAUCCUGAAAUAAUCCUUACAAACAUUGAGAUUUUUUUAUUGUGGUGGUUGGUUUUUUGAUUUUAGUUUCUUGCACUCCCUCGUCUCUGUUGUGUUUAAUUUUGUAAGCUUCAGCAACCAUUAUAUCAAAUUUAAUUAACCACCAGAGCAGGUUCAA